AUGGAGCCACAACACCACGGCGACGACAGUAUAGAGUUGGAGGUCAUCGGAGCAGACGGACGUCCGAUUAUCCGUCACCCAAUUGAUGUCAAUGAGCUCCUCAGAAGGAAGGGCAACACCAUAGAACUGGAGGACGGCAUACACGUCCGAUUAGAGGAAUACUGUGAAGAAGAUGCAUCCUACUCUGAAUCGGAGGAGGACGAGGAAGAAGAGGAGGAGGAAGAGGAAGAUGAAGAAGAGCAGGGGGGUGAAAGUGAUGAGAGCAUUGAUGCCACCUCAGGGACGCACGCACCUCCGGGGUACCGGGGAUUGACAAACUGGGACGAUGCUCUCAAUGCUGUGCGAAGCGGCGAGAGUGCUGCAGCGACAAAAUCAAGGUCGAGGAGUUUGGAGCGAAGCCAUCGUUCGGAGCGGCACAUAAACAGCGGCAUCGGCACCACCGGUAGUAGUGGUGGUGUCGGGACGCAGCGGUCUCGUCACGAUGUGUGGGCCUCCUUUGCGACGCCUGUUGACCCUGACAGAAACUACAAGCGGCUCCAGUCUACGUCACUGAUGCCGAGUGCCACAUCUAGGCGCUUUCGGCUUCCCCCACUCAUGUAUCACGCUACCGCGUCCUACCUUGGUCCCGCGGAUCAGGGACAGCGCAUCCUCGUUUACGGUGGAACAACCAACAUUGGCAAAACUGUUGAGAAGGAACUAUACGAGUUUUCGCUUCUAACUGGAAACUGGCGGCGACUAGAGGGUAAACAGUAUGUGUCGCCUGGCAAUUACGGUCAUACAGCGCUGGUUGUGGAGAGCCUUCAUCGGCUCGUGGUAAUUGGCGGUGUUGGGCCUGACGGCCGACCUGUCUCAUCGGAGACCCUCUCUGACGCUAUGUGUAAGUCACGCUACCACCUUCUCUUUCCCUGCAAGAGCAACGCAAAAACAAAACGGGCUGCACUUUCGCAGGGGACCCUAAUCGAGGCAGAGAAGCCAACACUCUGGACCUUGGCACAUAGAAUGGAAGAGGAAUCUGCAAUUGGGUUCGUGUCAAUACUGUUCGACAUGGAUCUAAAAACACACCGGUGGCGUGCCAUUCAGACAACACCUGAGAUACCUGUUGCUUUUCAUACGGCAGUCGUGAACAGAAGUAAUAUAUACAUUUUUGGAGGUGUAACAAAUCAGCUACUCGUAUCUGCACAACUCAUUGUAAUAGAUGCCCAGACCUACCGCGUCACACUGAUUCCAUCCAAUGGAGCUGCGCCUAAGGCUCGGUACCUUCACAGUGCCGUUGUGUAUGGACAAUGGAUAGUUAUAUACGGAGGUUUUGAUGUGCAAAAUGAGCCAUUGGAUGAUGCUUGGGCGUUUGACAUGGUGAAUGAGCGUUGGGAGCAGCUGGAGUGCCAUGGCUCGCCGUCAAGAGGUGCACACGCUGCAUGCAUUGUGGGAUCGCGCCUAAUCAUCGUUGGAGGCCUCGAAUCCGCCAUUACAGUUGAACAAUCGCCUACCAGUAGCAUAUUUGAGUUGCAGCUGGUACCGACACUUUCUGGCAAAUACCUCUGGAAGAAGCUGUUGGUGCGGCCAGCUGUGCCUCCACUUGUGUUCGCAGCCGCCAGUGCCUGCGCUGACGAUGCCUCCUUUAUUGUCUAUGGUGGAUGCACCCCUGUUGUGAAGAGCACGGCGAGAAAGUCGAAGCAACACCAACAACCACAAGGUGCUGCUAAAAGGCCUGUGCCGUGCAAACCCAAUAGUAGUGCGGAUUAUGACAAUGAUAGCGGUGAUGACGGUAACAAUUUUUGGCGGAAAUUAGCUCCAUUUUCUGAUGGGUUUGCCUUCACUUUCCCAUUAAAGAAAGUCGUUACGGCGAGCCCCCACGAGGAUACGGCGCCACAUGUCAAUGCAUUGGGGGUAAUGGUCGAUCCGGAAGAAUUAUCACCAGAGUUUCAGGCAUUUGUACGGCGGCAACAGGAUUUUCUCCUUAAGAAGAACGCUGCACGCGCGCAGGAAAUGAAAAAGAUCUCUCUUGAUGAACUGGAGAAUAUGGAGCCACACCUCUACUUGAAACCGGAGGAGAUCGAGAUGCUCUUAACAAAGAGCAAUGAGCUCUGCGACACCUUUACUGAGUACAACAUGGAAUCACUUCCCCACAACACCCCCGAUCGAGCCACUCGCCUGCACCUUAGCGAAGAGUGUGUCUCGCUUAGUAGGCAGCUGCGUGAUGUCCUCAAGUCGAUGAAAGGAUACGAGCCCGGCGUGACGGCCGUGAAGUCCAAGACACAUCGAAUGAAGAGUGGACGAAAAUUUGAGGAUCAUUCAGCUGCCAAGCCGUUUCGUCGUGUGGUUGUCAUGAACCUCGUGAAGGAGGCCAAUAAAAAUCUUAAGCGGGUUCAUGUCAUGAACAAGGCGCUGAAAACCGUGGAGUGGCCAGAAAAGGUGGAGUACAUUGAAGCUGUGCGCAAAAUGCAGUUGCGGGUGGAUGAGUUCGUGCAGACUGUCAAGAGCAUUCUGGAGAAAUAUAUCGAGCUACGCGUGGAGUCAUUGAUGUCUGCUGUGGAGAAGCGCAAGGACAAAAUGCGACGGCUAGCAGAAAUUGUAUCGAAAGUUCGACACGAUAAGAUCUUUGAUAAGGAUGAACCAGAUCCGCAGCGCGAGCGGGUCAAGCAGAUGUGGGAGAAGGGUGAAGUGCGGUCAGCUGUAAAGGAAGGCUCCCAUCGUUCCACAUCGCAGCACUGCCGUCGUCGCCGCUCGCGUUCCACCGGGGCGGGAUACUACAAGGAUGAAGAGAAGGCUUUUAUUGCCCUGCAACCAAAGGAGUUAGCACACCUUUUGGAGAAGGCGUGUAUUGUCAAAAAGGCUUCUAAAUCAUUUGGUGACUACUGUAGAUCAACAAUGUCCACUGCGCAGAAUCUGGUAGAGCAGACACACCAGGAACAACAACAGCAACAACAACAGUCACAAGUAUCUACUGUUGCUACGGUCUCUGUUUCGGGAAGUCAGUCCCUCAAUGUCCCUGUUGUACUUGGUGUUCCUACACUGCCUCCCCCCAUAUCACCACCGCAACCGCCGCCGCAGCAGCAGCAGACUGAAAUAACGGCUGAAUUGGGUACAGCUUCCCCAAGUGCGCUUGUCAGGCAGCACUCGGAUAAGCUCAGGCAGAUGGGUGCAGAGCAAGCUGAGCGGGUGCGCGAAUGCAUAAGAGACUUUGCAAAGGUGUUGGAGGAUCGGCCGGUGGUAGAAGGAGUGCCAGAUGUCCCUCGUGACAGUGAAACAGCGACGGGUAAAGAGACACUUUUGUGUCUCUCAACCCUGCGAUCCCUUAUUGCUUCCAAGGAGAAGCUGGAAAAAUUUAAGGAAAAGGUGCCCAGUAUACGUAUCAACCAGUGGGCUGAGGAUAGUCUUGCCGGUGCUCCACAGGAUGAGGAGGCACAAAAGCGUUUUGUACACUUGAUGAGGAGUCUGUCAGCCCUGGUACAACGACUUACGAUGAGCUUCUUGACUAAGGCAGGAAGUAGGCCGUCCCGUAAUGCUGUCCAUACACGAGGUAAAUCUGCAGCAGUCCCUCUCCGUCCUCCUUCUGAUCCUGCUCGUGCGCCCUCGUCCCGCUCGAAAAGCCAACGGAGAGUAAUCAGAGUUACGCACAUGUCAACUGCCGUUGAUUCCAUGGUGCCUCAAGGGGGCGAUGAUGUUGAUUCUAGGCUCAAACAGCAAGAAGAAGAACAGCAUGUCAUUGCAUUUGUACCCCUCGUCACUCCGCCAGUGUAUGCUGAUGCAUCUAUUACCCCACCGUCUGUUGUAGUGCAAGAGGUGUCGAAGCCAAUCUCCCUUACCUCUGGUGAAGCGAUGACACUUGUGCCGGGGCUGCCGACCACAUCAACUAAUAGUGGCGACCGCAUUAUAGUUCCGUCCUCAAGUGACAUAAAAGUGAUCCCAAACACGCAUCCAUAUUCGUCACCUCGCAUGUCGUACACUGAUCAUAGCACAAUGACCGUCGCUGCAGGUGAUGGAUUACCUCUACCACCACCAAUCUCUCGGCCUGUGGUGUGUGAGAGUCUUUCACCGUCACCGCUAACGCGUAUUUCUGUUUCUCAGGGCCCGCACAUCACUACAGCCUCCACAGCGGCGGAGUUACCCUCAUUUCAUGACUCAUUAGCGGCAACGCAGACACGAAUGAACGUGGAGGCCGAAUGGCAUGGUCCGACCGGGAUGGUGAGUUUCUCGCCUGGGUUCUUCCACAGUAAUGGUGCACCACAUACCACAGGGAGCGAUAAGACUGCCUUCAGCGCCGCACCUCGUAAUGCAGCAGAUACGGAAGAUGACUACUUCUUUUUUGGUCGCCGUUUUGCAGCAGAGACGGAUGUUGCCCCCUGUGCUGCAGCAGGCACCACACCAUGGCAGGCUUUUAAGGCGGUGGAACCACAGGUAAUGAGUGGCGGCACGCAUGCUGUGACGGUAUCGCCACCGGUCGGCACUAACGCAGGACUUGCCUCAGGUGCGCCAAAGACUAAGCUGAUGUGCCCGUUGCCAAGCCGUCGUUCUCAUGUACCUAGCGCUGUUGUGGAAGUUGUCACGAGGUCUGCUGGUGGCGGUAUGUUUCGUGGGAAACUGACUCCUGGCGAGGCGCAGAUUUUGAAGGGAAGGGAGCGUCUUCGUGCUGAAUCAUCACGAAGAAAUACCGAAAAAAAGCACAAGGCGUCAGCACAUUCAUAG